AUGACUGAAAUCGCUUUAAACAAGGAAUUCGUUGGGCCAGAGGAUGCUAAUCAAGGUGAGUUGAAUCCUCUUGAGGCUGUCCAACAAGAACACGCGCCAGAAGACGUUGCAGAGGCUAUAGAAGAUUCUUCUGCUUGUGUGCAUGAGCCUGGGCCUGAGCAAGUAGCUGAGCCUGAGUCUGAGCAAGUAGCUAAGCCUGAGUCUGAGCAAGUAGCUAAGCCUGAGCCUGAGGUAGCAGCUGAGCCAAUAAAUGAGUCAAAAGCCAACCCAGCCAACCCUGAUUCAACAACAAACCCACCCGCUAAACCAGCUGUAACUAAAAAGGUCGUUAAACGCGUCGUACGCUCAACUGCACCUGCUGGCAAUCCAAAGGCACCCACUCGCAGACCAAUUGGCGCGUCUUCCACUACAACCACUAAAACUACAAAGCCUGAUACUUCUCGUACGCAUCCUACAAGUACCACUAGCACUGCCACUCGUUCUGGUCCAGGUACUCAAUCUCACCCAUCACAUCCAUCAGCCUCACGGGCCCCAAGAACCACCGCCAACCGCUCAUCCUCAAUUUCUACUCCACGCGCUGAUCCUCCCCCAGCUACCACCGCACGCAGAACCACUAUCGGCUCAACCAAGCCAUCCACUGGGGCUGCCGUCAAGGAGAACAAACCACCUGCACCUCGCAUGAUCAGGAAGAAUCCCACUGCGCCACCAGCACAAGCAAACACAGCUCAAUUAGAUAAACUCAACGCGCGUAUUGCACAGCUCGAGGCAGUUGUUGAUGAAAACACCUCUUUGCAAGACAAGUACGACGCAGCUAAUACCCAAGUAAACGAGUAUCAAUUGGUUAUUGUCAAUCUUGAGAAGAAAAUGGAGGCAAUGAAGACGUUUGUGGAUGAGCACGACCGUAUGGCUGCCGCUGCUGCUACUUCUGUCAAUGACACACAGCGCAUGCAGUCUGACCUCGAUUGCGCAAGAGCAGAAAGCGAGCAAUUCAACAAGGCUACUGGAGAAGCUGAGCAGAAGGUGAAACAGUUGGAGGAUGAACUCGCCAACACCAAAGCAAAUCACCUUGACACGCAAGAAAAAGCACUGACUGAAAAGAGCGAGUUAAUUAGCAAGUUGGAAGUGGAGAUGAAAAACUUAAGUGAGACACACGCGGGUAGUCAAAAGGAGCGCGAUGAUGUGGCUGCACAGCUCAACACUGCCAAUGCACGCAUCAGUGAGCUUGAACACCACGCUCACACCCUCAACGACUCGAUGCAAGUCGAAAACGCUCAACUAAAGAGCAAGAUUGAGGAAUUGCGUACGUUGGUGGCUGAUAAGAUGCAAGAGGAUGAAGAGGUGCUGAAAAUGAAAGAAGAAAUGCAAAGUCUCAGAAUGAGUGCUGAGAGUGCUGAAAAUGCUCAAAAUACACCAAACAAAGACGGUGCUGAACGCGUACAAGAGCUUGAAGGCGAGCUGAGCAAGUCCGAAACGCUUAUCGCUGAUUUAAAGGCGGUAAAUGAGCGUAUAAUGAAUCAAUUGGCACAACAAGAGUGA